CCCCUCUCAGAAGCCAUCUUGGACUCAGUUCAGUUUCUUGCAUGUGAAUGUCGGACCCUGUCCUCAGCGACUCACGACAACAGAGUAGAAACGGUUAACGCGCACCGCGGAGGGUGACAUUUGUUUAUUUUAAUCAUCGAGUUUCUUUUACCUUGUCGAUUUUACAUCCUGGAAUCGACCGAUCCUUUCCCGAUGGAUUUGUUUAUAUGUAAAACUUACUUCUAGCCCGUGCAAUUUUGUUGCAUUGGGGGACUGUACACACAAAAGCAACGCGAACUCUUGGUGCUGUGGACAUCGAAGGCCUUGGGUCAUUUGGCUCGUUGUGUAAUGCCUAUCAUCUUUUUAAAUGUUCGCAAAGGAAAAGAGGUUAAAAAGGAGAACAUCUGGUGUGUUUCUUUUUAAUUAAAGGAAUAUGUUUGCUACCUGGCUGACUUUUGCACUUCUUCUGGGAACUUUUUGUGCAGGACCAAGCCAUGGCGAGGUGGACACACGGGAGUGCUUGUUCUAUAACGUGAACUAUGAGAUCGAGAAGACCAACCAGAGCGGGGUAGAGAGCUGCGAGGGUGAGAAGGACAAGAGGUUGCACUGCUACGCCUCCUGGCGCAACAACUCUGGUACCAUCGAGCUGGUGAAGAAGGGCUGCUGGCUGGACGACUUCAACUGCUACGACAGGCAAGAGUGUGUGGCGACAGAGGAGAAUCCUCAGGUCUUCUUCUGUUGCUGCGAGGGGAACUUCUGCAACGAGAGGUUCACCCACCUGCCCGAUGUCAAUGGACCAAUGAUCAAGCCGCCUCCCCCCACGCCCACCCUACUCAAUGUGCUGGUCUACUCAUUGCUGCCUAUCACCAUGCUCUCCAUGGCCCUGCUGCUGGCCUUCUGGAUGUACCACCACCGCAAGCCGCCCUAUGGCCACGUGGACAUCAACGAGGAUCCUGGCCUAGUUCCCCCUCCUUCCCCCCUGGUGGGGCUCAAACCCCUGCAGUUGCUGGAGAUCAAGGCAAGGGGGCGCUUCGGCUGCGUGUGGAAGGCCCAGAUGAUGAACGAAUACGUGGCUGUCAAGGUCUUCCCCAUUCAGGAUAAGCAGUCGUGGAUGAAUGAGCGGGACGUGUUCCUCACGCCGGGGAUGAAGCACGAGAACCUGCUGCGCUACAUUGCGGCCGAGAAGCGCGGGACCAACCUGGAGAUGGAGUUGUGGCUCAUCUCUGAGUUCCACCAGAGGGGCUCCCUGACAGACUAUCUGAAGGGGAACGCGAUCAGCUGGACUGAGCUGUGUCACAUCUCUGGGACCAUGGCCUGCGGGCUGGCCUACCUGCACGAGGACGUUCCUCGCUACAAAGGAGAGGGACCCAAACCGGCCAUUGCUCACAGGGACUUCAAGAGUAAGAACGUGAUGCUGCGGACAGACCUGACGGCCAUCAUCGGAGACUUUGGGCUGGCGGUGCGGUUCGAGCCGGGCAAGCCCCCAGGGGACACUCAUGGCCAGGUGGGUACCAGGCGCUACAUGGCGCCAGAGGUCCUGGAAGGGGCCAUUAACUUUCAGCGGGAUGCCUUCCUCAGGAUAGACAUGUACUCCAUGGGCCUGGUGCUGUGGGAGCUGGUGUCGCGCUGCAAGGCGGCCGACGGACCAGUGGAUGAGUACAUGUUGCCGUUUGAGGAGGAGAUCGGUCAGCACCCGUCCCUGGAGGACUUACAGGAUGUGGUGGUCCACAAAAAGAUGAGGCCGGUCUUCAAGGACUGCUGGCUCAAACACGCUGGCCUAGAGUCGAUGUGUGAGACGAUAGAGGAGUGCUGGGACCAUGACGCCGAGGCGCGGCUUUCGGCCGGAUGCGUGGAGGAGCGCAUCUCGCAGAUCCGCCGGCUGACCAGCCCCCCUACCUCAGACUGCUUGGUCUCCAUGGUUACCUCUGUCACCAACGUGGACUUGCCACCCAAAGAGUCCAGUAUCUGAGCCCCAACCUCGCCCUACCAACACCCACCCACCCAACGCAGAGCGACAACAUGCAAGCAAACAAAACAGCCGUGUCUUGUUCUUCUUCAGCUUCAGCCGAUCUCAGAAGAAGAAAAAACAUGAAUGCAGCUGCUGUUUUAUCCUGACAUCUUUUUUUACAUUUAUUUUUAUUGUUAUUUUCUUUCCAAUCGGAUCAAUAUUACCAGCACACUUCUUCUCUACUGUGUUUUUAUCAAGAGAGGACAAGAAAAAAAUAAUAAAAAAAAAAACUAAAUUGACAUCUCAAAAGUGCAUUCAGGUGCCGACUUAUGAAUGCUGACAAGGUGCAGGUACCUCAACCGUUUUCAGCUCUCAGCCGUUUAUUUGGGUUUAGUUUAUUCCUCUUUCUGUCUUCUGGACAGGAUUGCCUGUGACAAAACCAACCAACUAAGCAACCAUCUACCAUGUUGGACAAUACAUCAAUGCUGCAAAAACCUUAUAUGAACAUGAAGACUUACACACAACUAACCUUCCUCAAGGGAUUUUAGUUUUCAGAAAACUUUUCCUUUUCCGACAGCGUGCUAUACAAACCUUCGGAACUAACGGGUGUCUCUAGAACACAGAGAAAAGUGGAAGGCAACUGGACUCGUUUCAUUUUGGAUUUUGCUAUGUUCAUACUGGUGACUCUGAAUGGGGUUGACUAUAGCAUAUUAAUCAGUGGAUGUUGAAAAGUUCAAAAGAAAAUGGCUUGCUUCCCACAGCAUCUGGAUAGUGCAUUUUGUUUGGUACGGAGCUACUUCUCAGGUAACCAGUCUCAAGGGGGCAGGAGAUUAUGAUUAAAGGUGAUAUCGCAAUGCGUCCCGUAAAGUAGAGCGAGAGCCACAUCCGCUGCCUUUGAUGGGUAGGGUGGGGGCAGACUUUGGUGAGAGGGGCUUUUCUGACAUGGUUCAAACCUUUUUAGCUGAGAUCAAAAUGGUCUAAACAUUGAAGGUGCCCAAACAAACUACAAAAACAACAAUAGGUGCAAGACCAUGGUGAAGAUUUGUAUGUAUUUCGGGUGUGAGAAUGAAUGCGUGUGUGUAUGCUUGUGACUAGUUGUGCAGUGAGAGUGACAAUGUGUAGCGGAGAGGGAUGGAAAUUAAGACCAUGAAAAGAAAGUUUCAGCCGUAAACAGCUGAAGAUGAGUUAAAUGGUUUCCUUUUUUUGUUGUAUUUUUGUUCUGUUAUUUCUUCAUAUUUUGUUUCAGUGAGUGUAUUGGACAUUGGGAGCUAAGGACCUAGACUCUAUCCACAGAAGGCCCAUCUUAGGCCUCAGCAAAAGCCUAUAUCCUUCACUAGUGUCGAGAGGGAGGGCAGAGUACAGUUGAAGCGUCACUGCCUGGUACCUUCGUUAUUUACCUCUUUCUCACAUGGACCAAACUUAGAGUUUUGACCGGGUAGGUCCUGCAUUGUAGAAAGGUUUUCGACAGGGCACCAAGCGUAACAACCAAUUUUAAACUUCACUUCAUUCAGAUUGGUUACACGUUCUCGUUCAUUAGAAGAGAAAAGUGACACGCAACAUUUCCGUAUGCCAUAAUGUAACAGUGAAUGUCUACAAUGCUGCUGUUUCAGCUCAAAGAUGAACAUGUGUUCCAUUUUUUCCCCCCCAGUGCAUUACACACACAAGUCUCAGUAGAUUUAACAAGGAAUGACAAGGCUUCCGAUGUGAAAGAGAACAACACAAACAAUAAAAUCGAGUAUAAAUAAAUCAGAAAACUAAAACACAAAAAAAUAUAUAUUGUUCAUGAACCACAGACCACCUCAAACCAGAAAUACCUCAGAUUUUUCAAUGUAUAUGAGUUCUGUUAUAUAUUUUGUUAGUUGUGUUGACUUGUAGUAAGUAUGUUUUAAUGUGAUUUUUUUUUUGGGGGGGGGGGGGGGCUUUUGUGAUUAAGGAAUUUUGGAAGAUAAAAUGUACCAUGUCAUGUUGUAUAAAUGAAAGAAAAUCUUGUAAAUAGCGCUAUACAGUUGUAGAAUUCUACCUAUAUACAGUAUGACACCUGAGCAUUAUUCAUCAUUUCUGCUGACUUCUCCCAACUUGUCUUUUCCUCUCCGUUACCUAAAGGGACCAUGAACCUGUAUUUGGUUUUUCCUCCCAAAAAACAAAUAUCCACCAUCAUCGUGUCUGACCUGUAAUAUUUUUGCAUACCCCACGAUAUACGCUACAUCGCUACAAAAGUAUGUGGACACCUGGUCGUCAAACAUCUCAUUCCAAAAUCAUGGGCAUUAAUAUGGAGUUGGUUCCCACCUUGCUGCUAUUACAGCCUCCACUCUUCUGGGAAGGCUUUCAACUAGA